AUACUAUAGAUUAAAUCAAAGUGUCUAACCGUACGACUCUUGUUUUAGUAAUUAAGUAAUUUUAAAGUAACGUUAAGUAAAUAAAUAUGUAAUACAAAAUAAUAAUGCACCCAUAUUCACUUGAUUUUUAUGAGCAAAUCUGUCCUCAAACAGACACAUUAGUUUCCUCUCUCGUGCUGUAUAUUUCUCGCUGCCAGGCACGUAUUCCCUCAUUCCUCUGUAUGACCUCCUCCCUCUUCUCCUCACAUCCCAACUACAGCCCUUCGUUAUGGCGCUACGCUCAAACACAAGCCCUGUAUACGUGGCGUUUCUCUUCAUUCUCAACCAUGUAUUUAUGGCAGCAGGCAGCGGACUAUCUUCAGAGAGUUCGUCCGGACUUUCAGCCCCUUACGAUGAACUCUAUUACCGCGGGGUUCGGGCGUAUUUUAGGGAGGAUUGGGAGCGCGCAGCGGAGUUCCUGGAGAAAUCCAUUUCCACGCGAAACAAGCUCCUGCAGACCAGACGAAAAUGUCACGACGAGUGUUUAACAGCAGGAGAUGAUAAAAUCUCCAAACUAGACAAAGAGGAUUUCACUCUCUGGAACCUGGGGAUACUAGACUGGAUCCAGGUGCGGGCUGAGUGUGUGAGGUUCUGUAUGGGUCGAAGCGUCUCUCCUGCUGUUCUGCUCCCAGUAUCUUCUGACAUUGAGUAUGAAUUUGGAACACGCAACCCUUACAACUACCUGCAAGUCACCUACUACAAGUUGGAUAAAAUGGCCAAAGCAGCUUCAGCUGCUCACACGUUCUUUGUUGCCAAUCCGACUCACCUGGAGAUGAGGAACAACAUUGAGAAGUACAGGAGACUGUUAGGAGUGAAAGAAGAAUCCUUCCAGGACAGAGAGAGAGAGCAGGAGCAACACUGGGAGAUGUAUGAUGCAGCCGUUCUGGCUGAGAGCUCGACUGAUUUGGUGAAGGCAGUGAAGAAGUGGAAGGAGUGUGUGAAUGAGACGCUCAAGCAGACAGAAGAGUGCAGAGCUCAAUGUGUGAUGGCGUCCCGGGUCAUUCCGGAGGAGCCAGACACCGUUCAGGGCGUUUAUGAGAGAGCUGCAGACCUCUCUCUCUCCUUGCUGUCAUGCAAACAGAUGUGUGUGACCUUAGUGUCAACGCGACCUGGAAGGGUUUCUGCUCUGGAGGACUUCCUGCCCUUACAGCUCGAGCACCUACAUAUUGCACAGUUCAAAGCUGGUGACCUGAAGGGGGCGGUGGAGACCCUGCGCUCCUUGCUGCUCUUCUACCCCACAGAUUCAGACUCCCUUAGUAAUCUGGAGCUCUACACUCAGACUCUAGAGGGCGACACAGGGGCUCAGGAAACAGGUCCCAUGCAGGAAAUUGCCAAGUAUAUCAGCAGAGCUUUGCAAGAGAAGAGACUACUGUACUUUGGGAUGGCAAACUUGGACUUUAAAUUCAGUGACCCGGAUCUGUGGACUCCUGAGGAUGUCGUGCCCGAAUCCCUGCGAGAAACCUGGAGAGUAGAGAAAGAAAAACUUCACAAGAAACUGAAGCAGGGUGAGAAAGUGGAAGAAGUGGAUGACAGUGGAUUUUAUGCAGGUGGUCCUGUUCCUGUGGUUGGCGUAACAGUCACUAGGGAUGAUCAGGGGCUGAAUGGCACCAACCGAGUGGUUCUGGAUGGAGUUUUAUCCCAAUCUGAAUGUGAUCGCGUGAUGCAGCUCGCUACCGUUGCUGCAUCAGCGGGUGAUGGUUAUCGGGGGCGGCGCUCUCCUCACACGCCGCAUGAGAAGUUUGAGGGUUUGACUGUUCUCAGAGCACUUAAGUUGGCUCAAGAUGGGCUGGUUAAACAAUCAGAUGCCAGGCUGUUACAUGAGAUCGGGGAGACUGUUAAAGUUCUGAUGGACUCGUACUUCAGAAGUCACUCUGUUCUCUACUUUGCUUACACACACUUAGUGUGCCGCUCCGCCAUCCCAGGACAUCAGGAGGGGCGCUCGGAUCUUUCUCACCCAGUUCAUGUGGAUAACUGUAUCCUGGAGCCAGAAACCAGACAGUGCUGGAGAGAAGCUCCUGCUUUCACUCAUCGAGAUCUCAGUGCAGUUCUUUACCUGAAUGAUGAUUUUGAAGGAGGUGAAUUCUUUUUCGCUGAUCGAGAUGCCAAAACAGUCACUGCAAGGGUUAAGCCAAAAUGCGGGCGACUGGUUGGAUUUACAUCAGGACCUGUCAAUCCCCAUGGCGUUACUGCAGUAACAGCGGGUCGACGAUGUGCAUUGGCGCUCUGGCUCACCACUGAAAAGCACCACAGAGAUAUGGAACGUGAGGAAGCUGAAAAUUUAUGGGCCGCGGAUGGAAAAAGUGUAGUAAAAGAGGAGAGGGGUGAUGGCGAGAGUACCUCAAAAACUGCCCGCAGCGGAAGAAGCCAAGGCAAAGAGAGGAGCAAAGAGAGAGAAAGAGUGACAGGCAGGCGGGAUGAACUGUAAGAAAGACAGAUGAAUGAGCCAAUCAGCAAAGAGACAUCCAUGGACAUCAAAUGCCUCACUGCUUAUUCACUGUCUCUUCAUGGACACUAGUUUAUAUUUAUCCCAGAGUGUUGCACAUGGUUAUGUCUCUAAAAGUAUGAGAGUGUGUGCAUGUGUUUAUGACUUUGUUUCAGUAUGUCUGUUUUGAUUUUGGUUAAAUUUAAUUUUUUUAAUCAAAAAAUAAAGUAGUGGCGAAUGGGCUAAUUUUGUAGUUCAAGGAAUAAUUUAUUAUUUUUCUUUUUAAUCAGUAUUCAUUAUUGAAAAUCUUCCUCAUUCUAUUUUUUUUUUUUUGCAUAUUGAACAUGAAGAUUUAUUUUAUUUUUUUGUUCACCCAUAAAGAUGAAGAAUUCACCCCCAAAAAUGUAAUUUGCU